UUGCCGUCAGCUGCUGUCGGUAAGCGUGUGUAGUGUUUAUUGGUAUCCAAGCAGCGAAGCCAAAAUUUAGUAAAAUCGACCGAAAAAUGCCUGCAUUAUUGCCUACUUUACUCAGGUGACAGUAGUUGUGUUUAAUAUGUCACUUUUGUGCAAUAGCAAAUAAUCCGCGGAAAUUUAUCCACUGGAAACUGCCUUUUGUUUCGCGAAAAUUGGCUUCGUUGUCAGUGAAAUCUGUGCCAUUUUGCGGAUAAAACGCCAGCAUGCAACGGUGGUUCUUCCUCGAAGACCCCAACAACGCUAUUUUGCGGGCCGCCAAGGGGGAAGAAGUGCAGCAGCAAGCUGCCAAGUCCACCGCGAAGUACCCUCCCAGGCGUUGGCUGUUUCGCACCCGCGUGCUCGACCUCAAGAAGGAUGAGGUGGUUUGUGUUUCUGGCAACGUUCCCGAACUGGGCUCAUGGCAGCCCGAGAAAUGCGUGCCACUGGAGCAGGAGGGCGAUUCGGACGUGUGGUCGAAAACCAUCAUGAUCCCGGAUAAAGUCAACGUGCAGUACCGCUACCUGGUGUGCGUCGUCGUCGAACCCGGCCUCCAGGUGAUUGUGCGCAGCUGGGAAGGUCACUUCAAGCCCAGAAACAUCCUGGCCACCGAGAAAUCACCCUCUGAGACGGAUGAUCCGCAAACUUACGGAGAAUACGACGAGACUGAAAGGGUCGAUAGAGGCUGGUUGAACAAGGAAACACUUAUCCAACUGAAGUUCUGUAAUAACCCCUUGACGCUGUGGCGCCCCAAGUACACGAACCGCAAGGUUUUCAUCAAGGUGACGCCAGUUGGUUUGCUGCGUCAUACCUCGAGUCACCCUAAGACCAUGUCUGAGGCACUAGAGGAGUCCCUCAGUGCGGAUACUCAAGACACAUUCGAAAACCCCAAGCACGCCCUAUGCGAAGUUGCCAGUUUGAACGGUGAAGAUGCAACUUUUCAUCCUCAGCUACAAUUUGGAGAAGAAUAUAAGGAAAAUGACAUGCUAAUUUUCCAAGCUACCGUCUUGUUUCCGGCGAAUGUGGCUUUUUUGAUAGACUUGUAUAUCUAUAGUUCGAGACGGGGUGAAGGUGAACCGCCGCAUCAUGCUGGAUUUAGUUAUUUACUUCCCACGGUCCUUCAGUCGUCGGAGGGUAGUGUUGUCUUGCCUGUGACGAGUACCAAACAUCGACCCUUGGGCCAAGUUCGAAUAGAUUAUAUUGUAAUUAAACCAAUGCCCAAUUUCAAGUGUGAUUUGAGUGUUUCGUACGGCAGACACUGGAAGAAGAACAGAGCCGGUUUGGACGUUGGACAUAGAGGAUCUGGGUCUAGUUUUAAGACCCAGAAUUGCGCCGAAGUUAGGGAAAAUACAGUUGCCAGUUUAAAGAACGCCGUCGACCAUGGAGCAGACUUUGUAGAGUUUGAUGUCCAACUGAGUAAAGAUUUAGUGCCUAUCGUGUAUCACGAUUUCCAUGUUUGUAUUUCCAUGAAGAAAAAGAAGCAGUUAGAUGAUACCGACAUGCUUGAACUUCCAGUUAAGGAGCUUACUUUCGAUCAGUUACAAUUGUUGAAGGUAUACCAUCUGAGUGAAGGCAAAACAAAGAAUCCGCGUUUCUUUGAUGAUGAUUUGGAAGACCAUCAACCGUUUCCCACACUGCAGCAUAUUCUUGAAGUACUAAACCCACACGUAGGUUUCAACAUCGAGAUCAAAUGGACAAUGCAAUUGCUUGAUGGAUCUUACGAAUUAUAUCAUCCCACUGAUAUCAACUUGUACUUGGACACUAUUCUAGAAGUGGUAUUGCGUUAUGGCGGAGAAAGAAGAAUCAUUUUCUCUUGUUUUAAUCCGGAUAUCUGUGCUGUGAUUAGGAUGAAACAGAAUAAAUAUCCCGUAAUGUUUUUGACUAUAGGAGAAAGCCAAAUUUAUGCUAAAUAUAUGGAUCCAAGAUGUUGGUCAAUUCCAGCAGCAGUACAAUAUGCCAACAUGAUUGAAAUGUUAGGACUUAGUGUUCAUACUGAAGAUAUUAUGAGAGAUGCAUCGUUGGUUCAAUUGGUGAAGAGAUCAGGUUUGAUAAUCUUUUGCUGGGGAGACGAGAAUGCAGACCCGUCAACAAUUAAGUAUUUAAAACAGCUGGGUUUACAUGGGGUCAUUUAUGACAAAAUAUAUCAGUUUUCGAGUAAAGAGGUAAAAGAGAGUAUCUUCUUGGUUGAAGCUCGUGAAUCCCAAAAAGACCUGAUCAGGUUGGCAGCUGCCGCCGCCGAAGCUGUUCCUGUAAACCCUCCCGUUUCCAUUAUUAAAGACCAAGUUUUGGAUAUAGAAAAGGCAAGACAACAUGUUGAGGAAACAGUGUCUACUGCUACGUCUCUAGAAAGUUUAGAUAGUCAUAUAUCUGACCAUGAGAGAAACGGUACAGGUUAGAAGAACUAUAUAUUCUAGAUUUCUUAUAUUAGCAGAUUUAGUUUUUGUUUACAAGUAUUACCUCAUUUAGGGGAUGUUUUAGUAUGAAGCUAAAUUAUUGUAGGUAAUUUUUAUUAAAUAUGCUACUUUAAGGUUGUGAUUAUUUUCUUGAAUUUAAUGUAUUUUGUCUAUUUUGUUUUAAUAACAGGGUUACGAGUAAUGGUUAUGUUAUCACUACCAACCAUUACUUAUUUAUAUGUUGCACGGGAAUGUUUUAAUUUUUAUUGACUUGUAAAAGGACGUAUUUAAUUAGGUGCGUUCAUUGCAAAAAUAUAAUGAUUUGAUGGCAAAUUAUAUCUUGCUUAAAACAGAGCUACACAAAUAGUUGACUAUUUUUUUCUGUUUAACACUAUAAUAGCCGCAAGUAUUUUUUUAUUUAUAAUAAAAUUAUUACUUUUAAGGAAAUUUUCUAAGUAGAUAAACAUGAUACUGCAAGAUAGCAGCUUUUGGUUUAGUUUUAUUUGUUAAUAGUUACCUCAUGUUUUGUAAUGUUAAAAUCCAUAUAUGUAUCUUUGUGAUUAUGGCGGUAUAAAAUACAUAUUUCAUUAUUGUGAUAAAUUCUUCCAUCGUCAGCUAAAAGAGUCGUAUUUUGAAAUUGACUAGACUUUAGCAGUGAAAUUUUAUCGCAUACAUUUCUGUAAGACAUAACAACACGAUUUCUGACGUAACAUUUAAUCAACAAAAUAGCUGUCGUUAGUUUUAUGAGAGUAAAGCACAUUGUGAUAAGAGGGGUUACUAUGGGCUAUUGAAAAAAUUGAAGCUCCUUGUGAGGACUAUUUAUGAGACAUGAUGAACAUAACUAAAAGUUAAUUUUUUAAACAGCGAAACACUAAAAAAAUAUAAGAACGGGAAAAUGUACCUUUUUUAAUUGGGUUAUAAUUUAAUACAUGGUGUAAAAAUAUGUUUCAGAUAUUAUGCCCUGGUUUCAUUUAAUCACACGACUGUUGCACAGUAUUUUAAGUGCUAUCAGAUGUUUGUGUAGUGAUUACUAUGUACGUGGAGAAGCAUAAUAUACUUCUUUAAAAUGUGUUCAAAAAAUUCGAAAACAAUAAUCUUGUAACAUAUUGUGGAAUAGUUGCUAUUGCAUAAGUAAUUAUCCAUAAAUAUUAAAAACAAACAUGAAAUUGCUAGUUGUAGUAUAAACCUUUUUUUCAUAAACAACGUAAAUAUUGUAAAUUUUUAGAAGUCUCGCACCUUAAAAACACAAGUAUGUUAAUACACUGAAGAAUCUUGACGUUAUAUGCGUAAUAGUACACAACGAAUAAGGAGUUAAUGAAGUGAGUUUUAAGUGCACCGUGGUAAAUAUGUUACGAAAAUUGUAAAAAAAAUCAGUCCAUUUGCAUCUAGUAUUUUUUUUGUAUUCAUUGCAAUUUUUUAAAUAUGUUAUUGAAGUGAUUAUACUUACAUAUUAAUAUUGUUUAAUAAAAACUUAAAAACUGUUGCGUGAACUUCAAAUAGAGCACGUACAAGCAAAUUAGAUGCUGAGAUUAUCGAAGGUUUUUAAUUUUAAAUUUGGGAUAAUAGUCGUCUUACUGUAUUAAUGCAGGCCCCGAACGAGGAAAAUAUUUUUUGCCGAAUAUGUUGGCCCUGUUACUUGUCUGCAUUUUUUAAAACUGGUUAAGUUCAUAUAGCCCCACUUAAGAUGAAUGUAGAUAUUAUUAUUUAAAAAAGGUCUGAUAUCGUUUCGUAAAAAUGAAUAUUCAGGCCUUGUUUAUUUUAACAAAAGUUUGUUUUAGGAGUUAUUUCAAAAAGUUAUUUCACUAAAAUAUAACCUCUGGGCGAAAAGCCUCUAAAGUUAAUUACAUGAUGUUUUCGCGAUUAUGGCAUAGUUAAAAACUUUUUUAUUGUUUAAUGAACAAAGGUAGUUUCCAAAAUCUUAUGGUAGCAGUUUUAUGUUACAAAAAGAAAGAUUGUCUGAUACACUGUUUAACUUUAUGCAGACAUUUUGUUAGGAUUUCCUGUUACAUUGCCCUUUCAGUACUGACUUUUUUUUAGUUUCUGUCACUGUCGUAUAAUCAAGGUGUUUUAUUACUACCUGAAGUUCUUAGAUUUAUUUAAUAUUACAAAUAAUUCAUUAAAAAAAUGUCCAAUAGGUAUGUGGUGUGCGGUAUGCGUACUAAAAAAAGUUAAUAAAUUUGAAAUUUAAUCUGAAACAUUCACAUCAGUAUUUUAAGAAAUCAAGUUUUUUUUUUAUUAUGCACAGUAAUUGAAAUUUCGUAUAAUUUUUUUAAUAAUGGAUCUACAGUUUUUGUAUUUUCUUAAUAAUAAAUAAUUUAUUUUAGUAAUACAGCCUCGUAUUACUAGGCAAGUAAGAUUUGCAGAUAACGUAAUUUUUCACUGCUUGUUUGCACUAAAAAACAGUGGGAUGAUUUGAUAAGAAGAUUGAUAAUAAGAAAAAACAAGUUGUAAUAAUAAUAAAUGACCAAUGAAUAGGGCAGUAACAUGCGUCAGGAUUUUGGAGCAAACGUUAAAUAAAAGUUUGUAUUUUAAUUUUCUUAAUAAUGAAUGUUAUUUUAAAUAACGAGCUUAUCGUUUACUAGAAAUUUAGUUAUAAAAUUUGUAUUGUAGUAUUUUUGAGUUUAAUAGCUUUGUAAUAAUAAAAAAUAAGUUAGAGUUUUGUUUACAGAGGAAAAAGUUUUAAAAUUUGUAAAAUGUUCACUUGCAAAUUCUUGUAAGUGUAUUACGUAAGAGAAAUUAAGAUCUCUUACUGAAAGUUUGAUAGUGGAGAAGUUGGAGGCGAGCCCAUUUUUAUAAUCUCUAACAGCGUUUUCUAGCGCAAAUGAAUUCCUUCAAGUAAAUAUAUAGAGUAUUGCCUCACAUAGAAUUAAUUGAUGCUUGAACAAGUAAUGUACAAUAAGAGAGAGAGAGGGAGAGAGUUAUUUUAGUAAUUAGUUUUUCAUUAGUAAAUUUUAAUAAUUCUUAUAGUGGGAAUUUAGCAUUAAACAGUGUUUCCAAAGUAGAGAAAAGUACUUGUUUGUCACUUUUCUUUUAGAGAUAAUACUGGUAUGUAUUAAAUAUUGUGUCUUUAAAUUUGGUGAUUUAAAUUUUUUGAUUUUUUUGUCACUUACUACUUUUAGUGAAAAGUGUUCAGCUGACUGUUAUUUAAAUUGAAAUGCUUUAGAUAUAUUUCAUUGACAUUGGCUUUUAAAUAACUAACAAAAAAAAACUGAAAACCAAAUAAUUUACGCCUUGUUUUGUGAAAAGAUCUGCAUAUUUUUGUGCUAAAUAUACAAAUGUUAAAAUUUGGAUAACAUUUUCGCAAUAAAGUUCUAAUCACUGUUGUUUUAGUAUUUAUUUAAUUUUUGUAAACAUGUGAUAUUAAUUAAUAUUUUAUUGUAUGUAUUUUUUGUUCUUAUGUAGCUUGACAGGAUACAUGCAGUGAUACUAGUGUUAUCUAUACUUCCAUGAGAAGAUGCUAUGGGCAUGUCAGCCUGUGUCAAAAGAAGUGUACAAGUGUGAAAUCUUCGAAACUCAGGAAACAAUACCAAAGUUUUGAUACACAUAAAAAAUAUAUAUAAAUGAAAUAUUAUUUUAUCAUUUAUAUUGAGGAAGAAAACCAAUAAAGACAUUUUGAUAUAA